ACGCGCGCGCUGCCGGAUGCGGCCGGGCCGGGCCGCGGGAGCCGCUGUCGCGCCUACGUCCGGGCCUUCACCACCAGAGUGAGAUGACUGUCCAGCCUGUAUAAUCAGGUUAUAGAACUUUCUCCUUCUUAGAGGACAACUUCCAUCCCCUUCAAGGCUGAGGAUGCAGGGACAGAGAAUGAAACACAAGAACAUGGACUAAACAUCGAGAGAAGAAACCCCAGAAAGAUGAAGUGCGUGCUGGUGGCCACCGAGGCGGCCGAGGUCCUGUUCUACUGGACCGACCAGGAGUUCGAAGAGAAUCUCUGGCAGAAGUUUGGUCUGUCAGAGAACAGGGCAGCAGAGCUCACUGCUCUGGAGGACCGCCUCAGUACGCUUUUUGCCCCCAUGAUCGUCUCCUGCAUGACGAUGCUAGAGAAGCUCUCAGACACCUACACCUGCUUCUUGGCUGAGAAGAGCAAUCAUCUGUAUGUCCUUCACCUGUUUGGUGAAUGCCUGUUUAUCGCCAUCAAUGGUGACGGCACAGAGAGUGAGGACGACCUGCGCCGGAAGUUGUAUGUUCUGAAGAACCUGUUUGAGAUGCACUUUGGACUAGUCACCCUGGACAGCCAUCUCAUCAGGAAGGAGCUCCGGCCUUCAGACCUGCAGAAGCGCACUCAAGUGUGGGCUCUCUUCCAGAGUCUGCUCCAUACGUACAGCCGUCUCCGAGACCAAGAGCAGAGCUUUAUGGUGGAGGCCGUCGAGAGGCUAAUCCACCCCCAGCUCUGUGAACUAUGUAUCGAGGCCCUGGAAGAACGUGUUGUUCACUACAUCAAUACCCGGCCUGAGCAUGGCGGGGAAGAGGUGCUCCAUGCCUUCCUGCUUGUCCACACCAAGCUGCUGGCCUUCUACUCCACCCAUCAUGCCAGUCCCCUGCGCUCAGCAGAUCUCCUCUCCCUCCUUCUCAUGGUGCAGGACCUAUACCCCAGUGACAGCUCAACAGUCGAGAACACUCAGACUUCCCAAGGAAAGACAUCCCAUCAGAGACGCAGCAAUAGCCAGAACAUUCCUGCUCAGCAGAUGAGAAGCCCUGGCCCACGUUUGCCUACCAGGACGAGUUCAGAGGAGACGGACACAGACAGUCUCUCCAUGCCUGAGGAAUACUACACUCCAGCACCCUCCCCUGGAGAACCGAACUCAGGAAGCAUGGUCUGGCUAGAGGGUGGAACUCCACCAGCUGGGGGAGAUGCCGAAGCUGCCUUUGUCCUGGUAGCAGAGGACACCUUGCAAACACUGGCCCCCCCUUCUCCUGCACCUUCCAAUCCCAGGAGGAUUUUCCUUGAUGCCAUGGUAAAGGAGAGUCCUUGUGUUAUGAUGCCCCACACCAUGUACUGCCUGCCUCUCUGGCCGGGCAUCUCCAUGGUGCUUCUGACCAAGAGCCCCAGCUGCCACAUGGCCCUCUCCCUUUACCAACUCCUGGACGGGUUUUCAGUCCUAGAGAAGAAAUUGAAAGAAAGGCAGGAAGCAGGGAGUGCCCUUCGUUCCCAGCCCCUUCUGGGGGACUUGCGCCAGAGGAUGGACAAGUUUGUGAAGAAUCGAGGUGGACAAGAUAUUCAGAGCUCCUGGCUGGAAUUUAAGAACAAGGUUUUCUCCAGAAGUGAUCAAGGGUCAUAUCUGGAGAUCAUCCAGGCCUGUGCCAAGGUAAAGCGGCAGCUUUGCUCCAUGUACCGAGUCUACUUCUUGAGCCUAGCCCCUGGAGGGGGAGGGCCCUGUCUCCCCCAGAGCCUACAGAACCACGCCCAGAAUGUCAUCCAAGACAUGCUGGUGGACUGGAAGGACUUUGUGAUGGUGAAGAGUCAGAGAAACACCACUUUGGUGUCUUACCUGGAAGACUUCCCAGGGUUGGUGCAUUUCAUCUAUGUGGAUCGCAUGACGGGGCAGAUGGUAGCCCCCUCCCUCAACGUCACAGAGAAAACGACCUCAGAGCUUGGCAAGGGACCCCUGGCUGCCUUCGUCAAAACCAAGGUCUGGGCUUUAGUUGCUCUGGCCCGACGAUAUCUCCAAAAGGGCUACACAACUCUAACGUUUCGAGACGGCGACUACUACUGCUCCUACUUCCUGUGGUUCGAGAAUGAGUUGGGGCACAAAUUACAGGCAAUCGAAGUGCCUGUCCUCUCAGAUGACUCAGCUCCUGUUGGGGUACUUGGAGGAGACUACUACAGGAAGCUUCUGCGCUACUAUAGCAAAAACCACACAGGAGAAGUGGUAAAAUGCUACGAAUUGAUGACCAUCCAUCUCUCUGUCCUUGCAGUGGACAUAGUAGUCCAGCAGGCAAGUGAGCUGGCCCGGCAGCUAUGGGAGUUAUCUCAUAUCCCCUUACUUUAGGAGACUGGACUGUUCUAUGACUCUUGGUUUUCACAAGACAUUUAUUUUGUCCAUUCCACAUUUCCCCAUUUGAGGACUGCCCGAGGUCCCCAGACGCUCCCCACCUCAGGUUCUCAAACUGUCCAGUGAUGCAGAUCACAGCUGAUACCUGCCUUCCCAUCCAUCUCAUUUGUACAAAAGUGGCCUCCUACUAAGUAAUAGCCCCAGGGCAGCAGGAUAAAACCUCCAUACCCACAUGUUCCUGAGAAGCCCUCCUCUAGCCAAGGAAUACAUGGCACACGGUGGCCCUUCUAAGCCACAAAGAUUCCACUUUGUGUUUCAGAGGAUAGGUUGGGAGGCAGAGGCAGAGGCUGGGCUUCCAUAUUGUGUCCUUGAAAGUCCCAGGGAUUUUGACAUCAAAAUUCAAAGCCACUAAACCUAGGAGCCGCCUUUCCUUAUCUUCCCCUAGCAGAGAGGGGAGGAAUUACUAGCACCCAAUAACCAGGGGAAUGGGACCUUGACUCUCCAUUAAUUAAAGCACUUAUUUUUCCUGUU